AUGGAGCUCAUGCGGUUGGAACACGCCAUCGAAUUUCGCCAACACGCGGAAGAUGUUACUCAAGAUCUACUCGACCUCCAUUACACGCUCCGCGAUCCCAACUUGCCUCGAGCACCAAAGGAUGUUCCUCCGUCAUUAGUACCCUCUGCGGCUAAAGCAUACAUUCCCCGUGUUGUACCAAGCCCCUCAUCGUUCUCCAUUCGACUCGUAAUCCGACUUUCCGGUGUGACGUCCGAAAGUGGUUGGUCGGUACAGCGGCUCGUACACGCUUGGAUUAUGGGUUCAUCAACGAACGGAAGAGCCAUCAUCAAGCAGGCAAUUCACUUUCGGGUGUCAAUCACUCGACAUGAGGAUGAACACUAUGAUAUCGUGUCAUAG